AUGUCCAACUUUAACUCACUGGUUGGUCAAAGGAAGUUUUCCCAACCUAAUCAGAGCAAUCAAUUCAGGAGCACCAGCACUGAGGACCGGAAUCCACUGUUGAUUCCCAAGCCGGUGAAACUCAAACCUGUGGACAUGCAAAAAGGCGCAGGCUCCAGGCCUUUCCCUAAACCACUCAUGGUCAAGCCCAACUUUACAGUCAACUCUUUAGAGACUAGAUUCAAUCCUCCUGUUUUUAGCAACGGACCCAAUAGUGUCUCCAGAAGGGAUGCUGUUGGAGCGACGCUGCCCAAUAGAGAACAACAGGAGAACUCGUAUACAGAACCCCCUCCUUCAGGAGCCGGACCCUGGACUCCUGCCAAACCAUCUGUUAUGCAGAAACAUGUGUUUCAUAAAGACAUCUCUGCAGGACCGGGAACUACUGAUGAUUUGUCAGUGCCAAAAAAGAAGCCUCUCCCCAAUGUGUUUGCUUUAGGAAAGUGUCCUGCCAAACCAGAGAGACCUCCACAUGUUAACCUCAACAAGUUCAGAGGGAACGCUGGUUCAUCAGUAUCCAACGCCAAUAAUCCUGAGUUUGAUCCUGGAAUUUUCCCCCUCCCACCGCCACCUGAUGAAUGCCUGUCAAUCACAUCUAUGACUCCACCCCCACCGCCACCUGAACACCUGUCAAUCACAUCUAUGACUCCACCCCCACCGCCAGACUUCACACUUCCACCUGCUCCCCCUCCAACGGAUCAGACUUUCCAGGAGGAUUUGUAUGAUGAUACGGACACCAUGAACAGGACACCGACUUCCCUAGGUAAAAGCAGCAAUGACCAUGAGGAAUCGGGUGAGGAGAUAUACGAGGAUCUUGACCACAACCAGCCUGAAGACAACAAAGAAACGACGGAGGAAAAGACGACAAAAGAAUCAAAAGAACUUAAGAAAAAGCUCGAAAAAGAAGAGAAGAAACGCUUGGAGCAGGAGAAGAAAGAGAAGAAAGAGCGAGAGAAAAGGCAGCAGGAGGCCAAGAAAAAGUUUAAAAUCAAGGAUAUGACUGUGGUAGUUGACACAGUGAAGGCCAGAGUGGACCACAAAGGUGGGAAGAACAAACUUCCACUGAAGCAGGGAGAGACCAUUGAAAUUGUGCGCAAAACAGAAAACCCGAAGGACUACUGGCUCGCCAGGAACACUGAAGGCCACUAUGGUUUUGUGAAGCCUGACACUCUAGAUGUGCGUGGUGAAGUGAGACACACACAGGAUGGACAGGAGGUGUAUGAUGAUGUGGGUGGUGCUGGUGAUGAACUCAAUAAUCUACCAGAUGCAGUUGAAUGUGAUGAUGAUAUUUAUGAUUGUGCAGAAGAUCCUCAAGCUGAUUUCAGCUUCCUGCCUCCACCCCCUCCUGACUUUGAAUUUAAUGUUGUGGAUGCCGCUGAUGACGCGUAUGAUGACACGUAUGAUGAUGUGACUGCAACAGACUUCCCUCCACCUCCUUCUCCUUGCAGCAAUCGAAAGCUCAGCUCAACAAGCGAGACAAACUUGAUGGACCCAAAGAAAAGGAAAAAGUUUGAGAAGGAGGAAAAAGAGUUUAGGAAGAAGUUCAAAUAUAAUGCAGAAAUCAAAGUGCUUUAUCAAGCUACUGUUCUCCCAUCACUGUCUAUGAAGAAGUUUGGUAAUAAAGACCUGCCGAUUAAACCCGGAGAAAUGAUUGAUGUGAUAGUUCACCCUGUAGAUGACAAACUCAUCUGCCGAAACAGUGAAGGGAAAUUUGGCUAUGUGUCUACUGCUAAUUUGGAGCAGGACGGAUCUGUUUAUGAUGAUGUUGGUAAUGAGUGCAUCUACGACAAUGAUUAAGCACGGAUCAACUCAGCAUGUUUUCAUCACUUUAAACAUCCUUAUCGAUCCUUUCACAAAAACAAUGUUUUAUCAUUGUUUGAGAAUGAUAUAUAGUGAAUAUUAUACAUUGUAUAUACACAGUAACCUCAGUAAGAAUAAAAUAAUGUGAUAAAAAAACUGUAAACAUGUCCUUUCUUUCAUGAAUUGAAUGUUUUGCUCUAACAACUUUAACUAAAAUGUAAAAAUGUACAACAGUGAAGCGGCAUUUUAAUUAAAAUGUACAUUUAAAAUAAAAAUGUCCACAUACAUAUGACACCCCAAGCCAUCCAAAAAGAAGUUUUAACGAUGGAAAAAACUAAACAUGUGCGCUUGAGACUGAAUGGUAAAAAAGUUUAUAAUAUUAUUCUACAUAUAAUAAUGUUAUAAUAUUUUAACGAACCCCGAACCUAUAAUAAAACAUAGUGUGUAUAUAUAU